UUGUCAGGAUUACACGCUAAGUAUCACCUGGCUUGAGUACAGCUCAAAGUAUCAUGCGGCUUCGGGUUACGCCAGGGCAUCAGCUCUAGAGCCUUAGCUGCUGCCCCUUCGUUUACGCAUCCUCCAAACAAAUUUUAAGAUGAAAAGUGUCACAGAUCCGGGGGCCUCUCCCUGGCGGGAUCCAGCGGAGACACAGAGCCAGAGAGGGAGUGGGUGGAUAUCAGAGGAGUUUUCUUUUUCAUUUUUGGCUAAGAGUCGUGUGGCGUGAGCUCCUUUGAUGGAAGGAGAGCAGAGUUCAAGGAUUUGAGCAUCUGUAGACUGGAGAUCAAAGCCAGCGUGAAGGCGAUCUGGAAUGGGAUUGGGAGGUGAAAUAGGAGUGUGCCAGAUAAGUUACCCCAGACUGGGACCCGCGGCAACUCGAUGUCCCCGUGGCUUUCAGACUGAAUAGUAAAAUUUAACUGCCUUUCUGUUAUGGAACUUGAGGCAAAUUGCAGGUGUUCUCUACCUCUAGAAUGGAGAUUGGAGUAAGACAUUUGCCUGGGUGGAACAUAUAUAUUAAUCCGAACUGGUGGUUGUUUUAGAUCUAGCCAACUGGCAACCAUGAAUGAAUGGAUGAAGAAAGGCCCCUUAGAAUGGCAAGAUUACACUUACAAAGAAGUCAGAGUGACAGCCAGUGAGAAGGAGUAUAAAGGAUGGGUUUUAACCGUAGACCCAGUCUCUACCAAUAUUGUCCUUGUGAACUUCCUUGAAGAUGGCAGCAUGUCUGUGACCGGAAUUAUGGGACAUGCUGUGCAGACUGUUGAAAUUUUGAAUGAAGGGGACCAUAGCGUGAGAGAGAAGCUGAUGGAUUUGUUCAUGUCUGGAGACUGUAAGGCGUACAGCCCUGAGGAUCUGGAAAAGAGAAAGAACAGCCUGAAGAAAUGGCUGGAGAAGAACCACAUCCCCAUCACUGAAGAGGGAGAUUCACGAAGGACUCUCUGUGUGGCUGGGGUCUUGACUAUAGAUCCACCAUAUGGUCCAGAAAAUUGCAACAGUUCUAAUGAAAUUAUUUUGUCCCGUGUUCAGGAUCUUAUUCAAGGACACCUUGCAGCUUCCCAGUGAGAGGCCAAGAACUGUGGAUGCACUGAUUGAAAUAAGACUUCAUUUUUUGAAAAUUCUUUGUUGUUUUUGGUUAAAUCAAAGAUGGGGAUUAUCAGUGCUAAUAAGUGAACUGGGCAAGGAUGACAUCACAAAUAAAAUUAACAUAGGGACAUCAGAA